UGUUUAUUGUUUUGUCAUUCAUUGUGCCGGAUUGGCUCCCCUGAGAACUCGGUGUAAUCUGAUUGGUGUUUAACUAAAGCACUCAGCUGUGGGAGAUUGAAGCUCCCAAUCGAAGAUUAAAUCAGCCAUACAGGGCUCAAAUUCAUAUUGCAUGUUAGAGAUCAGCGCCGGCCUCUCCUGCCCGGUUGGCAGAGUCCCAUUCGUAUCCGUAAGCAGUCUGGAAACUGGUUUCAGAUGAGGAAAAAAACAUCUUCCGACACAGGAAAAAAAACUGCAGGAGCAUGACUCCAAAAAUGGCUCCUCUGAUGUUUCAGCUUCAAUGAUUCUAAGCCUCACCGAUGUGCAACGUCAAGCGUCGCCACACAUGGCAUUCGUAAACAAAAAUAGACAAUGGCGAGCUCUUGCUCAACUGCACAAAAUUUCCUGUCACAUUAUAACGUGUUUUUACGACAGUUUACAAACAAAUAACAUUUUUAAACCUGGUCUAAAUUCUGUUUUAUGCACCGUAUGAUUGCGAUAAUGACUUCGGCUCGCUUUCAAAUCGAAUAUAAAUGUUUAUGCAUGUGGAAGGUUUGCCUGCAUUUGAUUUGUGUUUGUUGGAACACGGCACAGACGGUGCAAUGCAAAUGCACCUCUCUCUGUCUCUCUCUCUCUCCGUCUUUCCCGUCUUCCUUUCCCUGUCUCUCGUUCCCCUGGGAUUCAGGUGCACAGUGACACAGCGAGAGGUGGCGUGCCCUGUGGCUCUAGGCUUCCUUGCUCCGAUGGAAACACUUUGCCUGUCACUGAACAGAGGAGGACAGGAGGAAAGAGAGAUGGAGACAGACGGAAGGAGAGAGAAAAAGGGUGUCGGGGCAGGGCGGAGGACUCAAAUCGAAAUAAUUCCCUGCAAGAUCUGUGGAGACAAAUCAUCAGGCAUCCAUUACGGCGUGAUAACGUGUGAGGGCUGCAAGGGUUUCUUCAGGAGGAGUCAGCAGAGCAAUGCGGCGUACUCAUGCCCACGUCAGAAGAACUGCCUGAUUGACCGCACCAGCCGGAACCGCUGCCAGCACUGCAGGCUGCAGAAGUGUCUGGCCGUGGGCAUGUCACGUGACGCGGUGAAGUUUGGCCGGAUGUCUAAGAAACAGCGGGACAGCCUCUAUGCGGAAGUGCAGAAACACCGGCUCCAGCAGCAACAGCGGGACCACCAGCAGCAGCCCGGUGAGGCCGAACCCCUCACCCCAACCUAUGGCCUCUCCACCAAUGGCCUGACCGAGCUCCACGAUGACCUGAGUGGCUACAUGAAUGGCCACACACCCGACGGCACCAAGCCCGACUCCGGUGUCAGCAGCUUCUACCUUGACAUUCAACCCUCACCUGACCAGUCCGGCCUGGACAUCAACGGUAUCAAGCCAGAGCCCAUCUGCGACUUCACCCCGGGCUCGGGCUUCUUCCCCUACUGUUCCUUCACCAAUGGGGAGACAUCCCCCACCGUUUCCAUGGCUGAGCUGGAACAUCUGGCCCAGAACAUUUCCAAGUCCCACAUGGAGACGUGUCAGUACCUGAGAGAAGAACUUCAGCAGAUGACCUGGCAGGCAUUCCUUCAGGAGGAGGUGGAGAGCUACCAGAGCAAGCCCAGGGAAGUCAUGUGGCAGUUGUGUGCCAUUAAAAUCACAGAGGCCAUUCAGUAUGUGGUGGAGUUUGCCAAGCGCAUCGACGGCUUCAUGGAGCUCUGUCAGAAUGAUCAGAUAGUGCUUCUCAAAGCAGGCUCUUUGGAGGUGGUGUUUAUCAGAAUGUGCCGUGCCUUCGACCCUCAGAACAACACAGUCUAUUUCGACGGAAAGUAUGCCGGGCCUGAUGUCUUUAAGUCAUUAGGUUGCGAUGACUUGAUCAGCUCUGUCUUCGAGUUCGCGAAAAACUUGUGUUCUAUGCACCUCUCUGAAGACGAGAUCGCCCUGUUCUCCGCCUUCGUGUUGAUGUCUGCAGAUCGAUCCUGGCUCCAGGAGAAGGUGAAGGUGGAGAAACUCCAGCAGAAGAUCCAGCUGGCCCUCCAACAUGUUCUACAGAAGAACCACAGAGAGGACGGCAUACUGACAAAGUUGAUAUGCAAAGUCUCAACACUGCGAGCCCUGUGCAGCCGGCAUACGGAAAAACUGACGGCGUUCAAAGCAAUAUACCCAGACAUUGUCCGCGCCCACUUCCCCCCCUUGUACAAGGAGUUGUUCGGAUCAGACUUUGAGCAGUCCAUGCCCGUUGACGGGUAGCGCUUCCCCGCGCCCACCCCACCUGGGAGAAUUCACACCGUGGGGAAUGUCAAGCAUAAAUCUGAGACACUUUAGCAGUGCCCUGCACAUACACACACCUGGACGGACGACACACUGCACACACACUUUCCCCCUUUUUUCGUUGUGAUUAUUUUUGUCAUGGGGAGGAGGUAAUGGACUGGGUUUGACUCGAGCGGUUUAUUUUUGGGGUUUGUUCCUUUCUUUUACUGACACAGGUGGGAUUCGGAGCCCAGGGGAGAGGAUGAGAAGAUGAAGACACUUGUUUUUCCCGAACGCUCCCUCGCUCUCUUUCUCUCUCUGGCUGAACCUGAAGAGUCCACGCGUUCGUUUUCACGAACGGUCCCAUGACGAUUUGUCAUGAUCAGCAUAAAUUGUUUUGACUCGUUUCCAAAACGGAAAAACCAUUCCCAGAGAGCAUUCGCCUGGAAUCCAGCGGAAGAGGAACACACAAGCCCUUUUCAAGCCAAGAACAUGAAAUAAAAAGUUGCGAUCAAAAAGUCGAUUAUCCGAACUGUUCCAGCAGUUGUUGUAGCACCAAAAAAAGUCUACGUAGAAAAAUACGUGGUUAGUUUCUUCCUCCCUGUGCACUUGGAUUUUUUUUUUUUUUUUUUUUUUUGGGAUGUCAAACCAGCACCGAACGAAGAAGAAUACAAAGUGAGAGAGAAAGAGAGAUACGGAGAAGGAGUGUGAUGUGGAGUCAACACAAAACAGCACCUUUCUACGGACAAUCGAGAAAAAAAAAAAGAAGGAACAACGUAGAAUUCUAGUAAUUCUAGUGGCGAUUGCUUU